UCACUACUUGAAAAUGUAAUCUCCCUUUACAAAGUGGAUAUGGACAUUAAAAACAGUCUGACAUUUCCCAUAAUGCCUCAGUGACGCUACCAGCUGACAGAGCCGUUCUUAGAGCACGUUCGGAUAUCCGAAUAAAAAGUGUGGAGAGACCUUUCAUCUGUUUCUUUACGCAAACUUAAGGACAUUGUUCCCUGUCCCCCUAUGUGUCUGGCGGGACAUAAGAUGGGGUCCCAUACGGCGUGUUCAGACUGGUGUUAUGAAAUCAACUAAUUGAUCUUCAUUCUAGAUUCAAUUUUGGUGAUAAUGGACCAACCAGACAGCAGUGGGGAUGGGCUACAACCUCAAGACCUCUCUUCCUCCUGCGCCUUGCCCAUUGCCUUUGAUUUGAGCAAAAAGGGUGAGGAUUGCCUGCGAAAAGCUAGUGCAGUGGAGGCCCUGCAUGUGGUUCAACCCCAAGGCUGGUAUGUGGGGGCAGGGACUAGCGAAGCCGUAACGUUCCCAGAGAACACCUGUGACCUCUCUCCAGUGCCUGGCGAACAGAUCCAACCCGACAAUGCCUUCUCCAACACCACUGUCACCCUCUCGUACGUCAGCCGGUCCCACGUCUUCUCCUCCACCCCCCUCACAGCGCAUUGCCCUCUCUAUGACGUGUCGUCCCUCAGCAAGAAACUCUCCCAGCAUGCAUCGGGCUACGAGGCCCUCCCGUUGAUGUCUGAGGCAGAUGGGGCCCCGCUCUGUGUGGAGAUGGACCCCCACUGUCUUCAGCCGGUUGCCACGCCAGUCGGGGUGGCACCGCACGAGUCCUUCGAAUUCGUCCUGCCUGCUCAGGUGAUGCAGAACGUCGCCACCGGAGUUUGUUUCCUCAAACAUGCCGUGGACCUCAAUGGCAUACAAGACUCCGGGGAUGCUGCCGCCGCUGUGGAAAUCCUGACGCCGCUCCAACAAGGUGCCCCCAUUGUUUGCAAGCUCUCGCAGGAAGAGAACGGCUGUUUGCAGAACGGGGACUGCGCCUUGUGGGACGCUGGAGCGUGUGGUGGUGAGAGUGCUUCGGGCGAUCUCUUCACGACCCCAGCUGAAGUGCAGGGGAAGAGGGACUCUGAGGUGCUCUUUCUGAUUUCCAGGACUGAACAGCCACUUGGAGUACAUGACAUGGGGACUACUAGACAUUUUUGCAGCUCGCUCAAUAGGGAAUAUAUCAGUCCUCUAGAGGAUCCAGUAUCUCCCCCUGCCACGCCACAGGAUGAGAUAGAGGAUGUUUUCGUGCUGCCGCAGACGGCAAGCUCUCCAACCGGGGAGAAUUUUCCAGAAGACUUGGUUACGAAACACAGUGAAGUGGGUCUUUCUAGUCCUCUGCCUGCCGAAUUGACUUGCACUGGCGAGACUGAAUGUUUACUGGGUAAUUCAAACACUGAAAACAUAUCGGAAUUGAGCUGCCAACCACUGACAGAUAACGGUCUAGACACAGAACAGGCACUGUCGGAGCAAUGUCACGAUUUACCCGAAGAUAAAGCAUCAGGUAUGAUGGACAAGGCUGAGUCGACAGCCAAGCAGCAAUUAAAUGACAACACACCAGCAAAGAAAGGACAACCGGAGCGGAAAAUACUUCCCCCUCGGUCUGGCAGGGGUAUAAGGUUGGAGGCCAUCGUUCAAAACAUCAACCCAUCCAGAUUCAGAGUCAGUAGGACUCGCUCAACUAAGAAAUCCAACUGCUUAAAAGUCGCGUUGGCUGAGAGUAAAGCCGUCAGCAUUAAUAGGGAGAUUGUAACUGCUAGUGACGACCCUGAGAUGCGUGAGAACGUAUGCACUUCCGAGCAAGAAACUAGCACUUCCGAGACGAGCAGUUGCUUGUUGCAGACAUCAGUCCAAAGGGAGGAGGGCGGAGAUAGUAGCAGCUGUUUUAAAGAAGGAUCUACCUCAGAUUCUGAACACACACAGAGUCUUUCCAAAUAUCGUAUCAAGGGCACAUCUGAUGAAAUGACAAACAACACAUCAUCUACUCCAACGAAGAAAUCGGGGAAAAGGCCGAGUGGCACUUCGAACUGUAAAUCGUCCAACAAUCGCCGUGCGAUGAGUCCGUUGCCCCCACCCAGAUCUCACAAGAAAAAAAGUCAACCAGCGGCCAGCCCGCAGAGCAAAAGCUCACCCACCGCCAAGAAAGCGCACACACCCAAAAAGAAACGCAAGAAAGUACACGUAGGCCAUUCCUCCAUGUUCUCCCCCAAGGAGCCUGAGAUCAAGCUGAAGUACGUCAACUACAAGGAGGAGAAAAGGGACUCGCGGGCGGACACCUUUUCCCCUUUUGUGCAUGUGGAGCGCAAGCGGUAUGUCUCGUGCACAGUCGUCAACUACCCCGAAGAGGUGAAGCCGACGGUCAGGAAAGGACUGCAACAGCCGACCUCGGGCUUCGUGUCUGGCGUCGUCCCGUCCACACCUUUCCUGCAGUACGGCCGUGUGUCGAACGACGCUACGCGACGCGCUGCCCUGGUGUGCUGCCUGUGUGGCCGUGCGGCCAACACGCUGGACCUGGGUGACCUCCAUGGGCCCUACUACGCAAACGGCUCCAAAGCGGAGACCAGGCCCACUGCUGGCGUCGCAGGCCUGAAAGCCGAGGAAGAGGAGGACCUCAGCGAUUCGGACUCGUCUUUCGGCACCAAGGCCAGGAAGUGCGCCUCGGCCGUCCCUGGCAGCUGGGCUCGGCGUGCCCGCCAGCGUAGGCCUUUGGACGCGGCCCUUGGUGGACCUUACCAGAGGUGGACCAGCGACGGUGAGCUCUCGCACAGCCCAGCGGCCAAGAAGUCCCGCUUGGAUGGCGGGGCAGCCGAGAGCUGGUACAUCCCGCCCGUGGUGCCGCUGGACUCCAACGAAUACUGGCUGCACGAGGACUGUGGCAUUUGGUCAGCAGGUGUCUUCCUGGUGAAGGGGAGGCUGUAUGGGUUAGAAAAAGCAGUCAAGAUGGCCCAGGAGACGAUGUGCUCUAUGUGCCACAGCGUGGGCGCCACACUGGGAUGCUUUUUCAGAGAAUGCCCCAACAAAUAUCACUACAUUUGUGCUGUGCAGUCUGACUGUGUACUCAAUGAGGAGAACUUCUCCAUGAAAUGCACCAAGCACAAGAAUAAAUCAAUCAAAGGCUCUACCAAUAGAAAGAAUGCCAGAUGACAAUACCCAAGAAGCAGCACCUGUUCAAGAUAAACAACGUCUCUGCCACUCCACCUUGGUAGUCCAGUGUGUCGGCCGAGCUCAGUGAAACUGAAAGCACGUCUCCUAAACUGAUGGCAAGAGGCCUCUGGAAUGCAAUCACCCUCUAACCUUAACGCAACAUCUCAGUAGUGAAGUCACUCCUUACGUCAGUGCACACCAACAGGGAACUUCAAGGCUUUCAUUAACGCCAAUGCGUCUGUAGUGCUUACAGGUUUGGAUCAAAAGUGGAGGGCAUAACAUACCAACUAAGGGGCCCAAAGGAGGAAGGAAGAAUGAAAUGGCACAGAGUAAUGUUUUUAAUAUAUAUAUACAUUUGAGAAGAAAUUCUCAGCAGUAAGUUGAAUUAUCCUAAGUGGAUAUUAUUGUUAUUAUUAUUAUUAUUAUUAUUAUUAUUAUUAUUAUUAUUAUUAUUAUUGUAAUUCUUUUUUGUACAGAAUGACUAGUCUUAUUUAUAUUUUAUUUCAAUAUAUGAAUUAUUUCAGUCAUUGUUGAAGCAAAGUUGUUGGAUGCAUUGAGUGUUAAUUUAAUCAGUGGCAUGAACACAUCUCAUCUGGAGACGCAUGAUUUUUGCUCCCAGGGAACGAGGCAAGUGUUGGCCCAAAGCAGUAGAGAGGAGCAGUUAUCUGUGGGGAAAGGCAGGGGGUUUGUAUCACUUUAAGAUAAUGCCCUCCCUCAGCAUCUGUUUAAUCAUAAACCUGCCAUCUAAUUUCUGCUAACAUUCUUAUUGACCUGAACAUUUUUCGCUUGGGGAAACUAGAUAGCAAUUGGCAAAAAAAAAAUAAAUAAAUAAAUAUAUAUAUAUAUAUAUAUAUAUAUAUAUAAACAAUAAAAUGUAUUUUCUUUGUUCUCAGUCAGAACUGAGACCCCAGUUGCUUUUGGAAAGGCUUUGGUACUUAUUAUCUGCAUUAGUGCCAAGUCUACCUGCUGUCAUCUGUAUGUUGUUCUCGGUGGCUCUAAGAGUAAUACUGACUAUCAAACCAGAACUGACCAUCAUAAGACUGCACUUGUAAUUUUGUUCUCUUACUUCCUAGCGAUCCUUAAGGGAACUGUGCCUGUGUUUUUAAAGUCAUUCAUUGAAUGUAUCUUCUCUGGAGGUUUUCUUCAAGUUGAGAAUUUUCAGUGUGCACUUGGCACUUAAUUUAUCCAUGUGUUUUUUUGUAAUGUUUGGAACUUUUGUUUAUUUUCUUUUUCUUUUUUGGAGAAUUAUUUAAAACAACAGUAUUGUCCCCAUAAAACUGAAUGCCCCCAAAUUAAAUUUCCCACAAGCACUCCAGUUCUAUAUGAAAUAGAUCUUUAUAAAGAUAAAAAAUGUAUCCCUGCAUUGCAGUGUUGAAGGGCAACUGACGUCCUUACUAUACAGUGAGAUUGAUACUUUGUCAGUAGAAAUGUAUUGCAGUAGAGGAGAAUUUUCUGCACAUCAUCCACCUUAGAUGAGUAGUUGGAUGUCUACCCUCUUGGCCUUUAACAGUUGGUAGAACAAACGGAAGACUAACCAUUAAAAGGGUCAAAUACAUUCUGUUAAUGUUAGAAGCACAAUACAUAUUGUGCUGACGGGAUAAUGUUAUAACACCGAGUGAAGUAUACCAUGUGACUGCCCAAUGGGUCCUGGAACAUUUGAUCCAUAUUACUUUAGCUCACAAUACUGUACCUCCCAUAGCAACCACGAGCAGCUGUUCUGUUUACAUUAAUGUGGGGUCACUGGACGUGGCUUAGGCUGUCCGUCUCUCAAUGCUGAAAAAAUACGGACGCCCACGAAUCCUUUCUAAGGGAUUAUGGGCGCCUCCUUUAAGUCUCUUAACAUAUUUGCCAAUAGUUGAUGCUUCAGACGUUCUGGUACGAGGUACAUAAUAUAUAGAUAUAUUUUGUAAUUUGUCCUCUGUUGUUCUCACCUAGCUGUGUACUUGUCUUGUCCUCUUGUUGAUCGAAUACAGUAUAGAGCAACUAAAAGAACUGAUUGCACAGCUACACACUAUGUUGUAUGGGAAACACCAGCUUGUAAUUUUGUCAUUUUUGACAGGGCUAUGAAUGGCCUGUGUCUGCCUCUCUUAAAUCGACAGUGCUGACACUGUGUAUUCUGUCUGUCACCACCUCAAGUGGUUAUACUAUCCCUUUCACUGAAUAUAUGCAGCUUUCAAACAUGCCAACACAACAGACUUUUUGACAUAUUUAACAAGGAAAAAAAUAGUUCUGCUAAAUACUGGGAACUUGCCGCAGCUCUCUCUCUCUCUCUCUCUCUCUCUCUUUUUAACAUGCAAUGAACAUCAUAUUUCUACCCUUCUUUUUGCCAGGCAACAACUCAGAUGGUCAGUUUACCAGCCUUGUGGAAGACAAAUCAGAUGAUGUACAUAGCCUUUGUUUUCUUGGACAGGAGGCUUGCAUGCACUUUUUGUAAGAGAUUUGUCUGAAUCAAUGCAGGCAUGAGACACUUGUCUGGUGGGGUAAAGAAGAAGGGUGGGGUUGAGUUUGGUUGGGUGGGGGUGGGGCCUAAUGCAUAUAGGAAGUGUGUUGUAGUCCAAUUGUGUCCGUUGCAUAGCAGCACUAGACCGGUGUUUGUGUACCUAAUGAACUUUGUGUUUGGUCUGUGGAAUCGCAGCUGCAGUGAAAUGUCCUGACAUGUCGUGCCAGUGCCACAGUUUCUGUCCUGAUCUGACGUAUGUGGAAGCAGGUUUGGGAAUGCACACACAAAUUGGGUCCUUGCAUUUGAAUUCCACCCGAGAUCUCUAUUUUUUAGCCCUGCUUUGUGAAAUGUGUACCUGAUCGACCGCCUGCUCAUCUUGCUGCCUACAAGCAGUGUGCCAUAUUGAUGUUCUUUUUAUUUUAUUUUAUUCUAUUUUAUACUUUCAGAAAAUGUAUUUGUUUUAUUUCUGUAGCUUUUUUCAAAGUGAGUUACAUGACAUUUUGAUCAUUUCUGAACCUCAGCCAAAGUCUGCCACAUGCAACUUAUCGAGAUUUAACUGUCAUUUUUGCCAGUGAAACUGAAAUGUACCAAAUGUUUUGUUUUGUCUGUUUUUUUAAUGUUGUCUCCGUAUCUUAUUUUGUCCAAAUCUAAAACUCAGGGUUGAACCUCAGUCUCUGGACUUUAUAUCCUAAUUUUGUUCACCCCAUACUGGACUGGAACAAUACUACAGCUUAAUCGGUCAAAACAUACAAAUAAAUUGCAUACUGCUCAGUCA